CAACGACCGCUUGAUUGUCGUAAAACGCCGAACGUCAGCGCUAUCGUGGCGCAACGCUAGUUUGUCGUCGACGUUUUCGCUGCAACUUACGCGCGUUUAUUUCUGUUUUCUGUACGAUUGUACUUGAACGGAAAUUCGCCUGAAAACCAGUAAAAAUGUCCCGUAGAAGGAUGAUUAUGGUAACGCGGCCACGUAUCGAUUCCGAAAGGUUGAUAGAGGAGGUGAAAAAGCGGCCGUGCAUCUACAGCCUGAAAGCCGGUCGCGGAAACGAAAACCACGAGUUAAAGAACGCAGCGUGGGGCGAAAUCGGGGCGGCCAUGUUUACUAGCGGAUGGGAUAAGACCUCUAUUGCCGAGAAAGAUAAGUACGUUAGAGAGCUGCAAAUCAAAUGGAGGUCGCUAAGGGACAAUUUCACCAGGCAGUUAAGGAUCCAAGAAGCGGUGAAGGCAGGAGUUAAGUCCCAGGCACCAAAGAAAUAUGUUUUUAUGGAUUCUUUGUCGUUUCUUUUGCCCUACGUCUCUAAAAGGGACAAGUAUAUGUACACUAACAACACAUCAGAAGAGGAGGCAAGCAUAACAGACACCAACGACUCAAGCGUAUACUGCUCAGAAGACAUCAAACCAGACGUAUCCUCACAUGACGACGAACUUGACGUAAUGGAAAUGAGUCCCAUUAAACCAACUGAAACCACUCCUCAACCUCAAAUCCAAUUAAUCCCUAUACUACCUAAACCAACUCCGCAGACUGCAUUCGUUUCUGGCGCUAUAGAUUACAAUUCUAUUACGGCCUCCCAUUUAAAGUUCACAGCAGCCAAUUCUCAGGACGACCAGCCACUGAAAAGGGUGGCUGCUUGUAUGGAAGAAAUGAUCCAGCUACAGAAAGACGAGACGGCUGAUGAUCCGACGGGAAACAAGAAGUUUUUGUUGAGCCUGUUGCCGUUUAUGAAGAAGUUGCCGGAUGAUGUUAAUUUGGAGGUUCGAUUGCAGUUGGUGAGCGUCUUGGAGACUUAUAUUAGAGGGAUGAACACUAAAUAAGUUCUAUUAUUGACAAAGAUUUGUGUUGUUGUUAUUUUAGGCAUAUGUUAUUCGUUCUGAUAAUAAAACUUACCUCAUACCUCCCAA